AUGUGGUCGUGUAUUACUGACUUCUUCACGUACGAAACCACAAAGUCAGUUGUUGUAAAGAGCUGGACCAUCGGCAUCAUCAACCGUGUUCAGCUCCUCAUCAUCACCUACUUCAUUGGUUGGGUGUUUGUCUUUGAGAAGGCAUAUCAGGUGAGAGACACUUCAAUUGAAUCUUCAGUGAUGACAAAGGUCAAAGGUUUUGGAGUCUACAACAACAAAGUAAUGGAUGUUGCAGACUACGUCACGCCUACGCAGGGAGCUUCAGUCUUCUGCAUCAUCACGAAAAUGAUCACUACAGAGAACCAGAUCCAAGGAUACUGUCCUGAGAGUGAUAAAAAGUACAUCUGUACCCAGGACAGCAAUUGCACAAAGUUCAUCAACAAGCCGGGAGAUUAUGGAAUUCCUACAGGGAAGUGUGUACCGUUCAACACCACCGCCAUGAUGUGCGAGGUAAAAGGAUGGUGUCCUGCUGAGAUAGAUACCAUAAAAACCACACCAAUGAUGGAGGUGGAGAAUUUCACCAUUUUCAUUAAGAAUAGCAUCCGCUUCCCGACUUUCAACUACACCAAAGGGAACUUCCUUCCAACCAUCACUAGUGAAUACAUUAAGAAAUGCAAGUUUGACGAGGUAAACAACACGUACUGUCCCAUCUUCAGAGUCGGAGACGUGGUCAAAUAUGCACAGCAGAACUUCACAAAGCUGGCAGACAAGGGAGGAGUGAUUGGAAUAAAGAUUGGCUGGAUAUGUGAUUUGGACAAGUCAGACGACAAGUGUAAACCCUCCUACUCAUUCACCCGACUUGAUGCCAUGUCUCAGCACAACGCUGUCUCAACUGGCUACAACUUCAGGUUUGCCAAAUACUAUAAAAUGGAGAAUGGGACGGACUACAGAACUCUGGUAAAAGCCCAUGCCAUAAGGUUUGAUGUCCUGGUCAAUGGAAAUGCAGGGAAGUUCAACAUGAUUCCUACUCUCAUCAACAUGGUUGCAGCCUUCACAUCCGUAGGAGUGGGUACAGUGCUGUGUGACAUCAUACUGCUAAACUUCCUGAAGGGAGCUGAGCAGUACAAGGCGAAGAAAUUCGAAGAGGUGUCUGACAGCCCGCUUCAUUCUGCUGGGAAUGGGUUGUACCGCUCACAGCUAUCCCUCAGACACAAUGAGACUAUCAUGAGGUCCAGUGACUCAGGAGCAUUUUCUAUUGAACAGUAUACCUGAGGCAUUAGAGGUCUCUAUUAGAAUAUCAAAGUUCAAUAAUUUCCCAUUAAAUAUUGAAUUGUUGCUAUCUUACUUAAAAAUGAAUAAUAAGAGGGAAAAAAAUAGAAAAAAAUAGAAAAAGCAUGAGUGUCUUUGCAUGGUAGUGAAAUAUGCUGGUGAAGGAUGUUCCAAGCACUAGAAAAAAAAAUGUUGGUUUUAAGUUUCAACUGAACUUGAAAAUAUUGUGUUAUCUUGUGUUAUCUACUUGUUUUUCAACUAAACUACUAUAAUGAAAACCUGGAAGAUAAUAAAGAAUUUAUCACAUUGGUA